AUGAAGGCCGGGCUCUGUGCCUCUGUCCUGGGCAUGUCCCUUUGGACAGCUGGUGCCCUGGAAGUCAAGAUGGAUCAAACCGAUGAGAACAGACAGAGAUGCUCAGGCAUGUACAGUCGCAGCGCUUGGGGCGGCCCCGUUGACCCUUAUAUCAAUGUCAUGUUCCUCCCGAAGGAAGCUCCAGCCGACCAGGAUCCUAUCGUGAGCUUGGUCAUCUUCGAAUGGAAGGACGAGGACUUGAUCGGUGUUCGCGAAACUCCAGACGCUGAAAACAAAAUCGGAAUUUGCCAGGACGCAUAUGUCCAGAAGAACUACUGUAACCAGACGGACAUUGGCAAGUUUAUCAUUGACCCAGAUUCCACCACCAAGUCGAAGAACAUGAUCGAGACGAAAGCCAUCCAUCUCAAAGAGCCGCAGACGACUAAAUACAUGAUUCGAAAGACUGGAUACUACUGUGUCCUGACCGACAAGUUCUCUGCGGGCGAGUUUACUGCCGUUGUUGAGUUCCGCAAUGCUUACGGCGAGCUGCCUGCAACACAAAUCCCGAAGCUACCUUUUUACGGAGGGAUCACCAUUCUCUAUGCUCUGGUUGCCGUGUUCUGGGGUUUCUUAUACUACCAGCACCGACACGAUAUUUUGCCGGUCCAAAACUACAUCACGGCCAUUCUCAUCUUCUUGGUUGUAGAGAUGCUGAUGACUUGGGGUUUCUAUGACUACCUCAACCGGAAUGGCGCAAACAUUGGCUCCAAGGUGCUGCUGGUCAUAGUUGCCAUCCUGAAUGCUGCACGUAACUCGUUCUCAUUCUUCCUACUGCUUAUUGUGUGUAUGGGAUACGGAGUUGUGAAGCACACACUUGGACGCACUAUGAUCUGGGUGCGCUGGCUCGCGAUCGCUCACUUCAUCUUUGGACUCGUGUAUGCAAUCACGAGCUUGCUGAUUACGCCGGAUGCUGCUGGCCCCUUCGUGCUACUCAUCGUGCUCCCUCUUGCUGGCACUCUGACCGGCUUCUACGUGUGGACCCUGAACUCUCUAAACUUUACGCUGAAGGACCUGCGUGAACGCAAGCAGCAUGCUAAGGAAGCCAUGUACAGGAAGCUGUGGUGGUGCAUCCUGAUCAGUAUUUUUGUCAUCUUUGGCUUCUUCUUCUUCAACAGCUUCAGCUUUGCAUCUGUCAGCGACCCCGACUACGUCCCCUUUCACUGGAAGUCAAGAUGGUUCAUCCUCGACGGCUGGCUGAACCUUGUCUACUUUGCCGAUGUGGCCUUCAUCGCUUACGUUUGGAGACCCACCGCCAACAACAGACGCUUCGCCAUGAGUGAUGAGAUUGCCCAGGACGAUGAUGGCACGUUCACAAUGGCAGACAUCGGCGCGCCGGACGAUUCGGACGAUGACGAGGAGGCUCAGUUGGGAAAGGCCAACAACACAGGUUCCCAGUUCGCAGGUCACACCGCUUCUUCGGCUACGCCCGCGAGUAGUAUGCCCCAGCAACAGCCGCAAAGACACAUUCCGCGCGAGUCUUUAGAUGGUGAGACUAUCUUCGCUGUUGGAGAAGAUGGCGACAGAUUCUCCGAUGAUUCCGACGAGGAAGACGCCAAGCUGGUAGGAAAGAAAUAG